AUGAUCAUCGCCGUAUCUCUUCCUCUCGAGGAUAUGACCAUAAGAACUUACUAUUAUUUUAAACCAAAAGAGGGAAGUUUAGAGAACUGUGUGCACAUACUGGUGGUGAAAUUAAUCAAUGAUAGCGUAGUUAUUAUCAUCUGCAUUUUCGGAGCCGUGGGGAAUGGCAUUGUCAUCUGGCUUCUUGGCUUCCACAUUAGGAGGAAUCCUUUCAGCACCUACAUCCUGAACUUGGCCAUCGCUGAUUUAGGGGUCCUCCUCUCAGUUCCAUUUAUUGUUGCUUAUCUGUGGAUUGUAUAUCUUCAUAUUUUCCCCCUUAUGUUCUUAGUGUUCAUGUUCCUUUUCCUAUCGAUGUACAGCAGUAGUCAAUUUCUCCUGACGGCUAUCAGCAUCAACAGGUGUGUGGCCGUCUUCUUCCCACUGUGGCAUCGAUGCCACCGGCCACCACAUUUGUCCACUAUUGUAUGUGCACUAAUUUGGGUCCUCUCCUUCCUGUUUACCGCGGUUACCUACACUCUUCUGUUUCUUAAUUUAGAAGAAAAAAAGAUGGCAGCGUGUUACCAGUUUAUUGUGAACGCCGUGCUGUGCCUCCCGGUCAUGACGAUUGCCACCGUGUCCCUCGUCAUCAAAGUCUGUUUGAAAGCACGACAACAUCGGAGGGGGAAGCUUUUGACCAUCAUCUUGCUCACCCUUCUCUUCUUCCUCCUCUUUGCUUUUCCGUUGAAUGUCACAGCCAUCCUCGAUAUUUUCAAUUACAUACCACCGGACUUACCAGAUGUUGCAAUAAUAUUAGCCUGUUUAAAUAGCAGUGUAAACCCAGCUAUUUAUAUCCUGGUUGGGAGACAAUGGAAGUCUAGGCAGAAGGAGAGCAUAAAGGUGGUCUUCCAGAAGAUUUUCAAGGAGGAAGAAAGCUGUACUGAGGAAACCCCAGCUGAAACCCAGUUAUGA